AUGGCUGCCAUCACUUCAGAAGUGGCAGAGAAAUUUUUGGACAGUAAUCCAAAGUUUGCUAAACAAUACUAUGACUCCAAAUUUCGAUCGGGUGUGAUUUCUGCUAUGCUGGAAAAAAAGGAGGCAGAAGUGGAUUUUACCAACUUUCAUGAUGUGAACCAGUUGGAAGAGAGUGAGAUCUUUUUUGACCUGAUUCGUGGCAUUCAAGACAAUCUGCAGAUGGAGCGCUGUAUUUUCACCCUGUUGCGAUGGCUCAGUUUCUUGCUUCGGGCUGAACACAUGAGCCUUUUCAUGUAUCGUAUGCGCAAUGGCACUGGUGAGCUUGCGACACGCCUCUUCAACGUUCACAAAGAUGCCAACCUGGAGGAAUGUUUGGUGCACCCUGAUUGUGAGAUUGUUUUUCCUCUGGACACUGGCAUUUUGGGCAGUGUGGCCACCACGAAAAAGACUGCAAAUGUACCUGAUGUCUCUCAGGACAGUCGAUUUAGUGACUUUGUGGAUCAGCUCACUGAAUGCCAGACCCGCAACCUUUUGGCCACUCCUAUCAUGAAUGGUAAAGAUGUUGUUGCUGUGAUUAUGGCUGUCAACAAAAUUGGAGCACCACACUUUACUGCUCAAGAUGAAGGGAUUUUAAUGAAAUACCUCCAUUUUGCAAAUCUGGUUUUGAAAGUCUUUCAUCUAAGCUACCUUCACAAUUGUGAGACAAGAAGAGGACAGGUGCUGCUCUGGUCUGCCAGCAAGGUGUUUGAAGAGCUGACUGAUAUUGAGAGACAGUUUCACAAAGCUCUGUAUACAGUCCGAGCCUUCCUCAACUGUGAUAGAUAUUCUGUGGGCCUGUUGGACAUGACUAAAACCAAGGAAUUUUUUGACAUGUGGCCAGUCUUAAUGGGUGAAGUCCCACCCUAUGAAGGUCCUAAAACUCCAGAUGGACGAGAAAUUAUAUUCUACAAAGUUAUUGAUUACAUACUUCAUGGCAAAGAAGAGAUCAAAGUUAUUCCAAAUCCUGCAUCUGACCAUUGGGCUCUGUUUAGCAGGCUGCCUACUUAUGUUGCUGAAACUGGAUUGAUUUGCAACAUAAUGAAUGCAAGUGUUGAUGACUUUUUUGAUUUCCAGAAAGGUCCUGUGGAUGACUCUGGCUGGGUUAUUAAAAAUGUGCUGUCCAUGCCAAUUGUCAACAAAAAGGAGGAAAUUCUGGGUGUAGCAACAUUUUACAAUCGUAAGGAUGGAAAACCUUUUGAUGAAAUGGAUGAAACACUUAUGGAGUCAUUGACUCAGUUCCUUGGUUGGUCGGUUCUCAACACUGACAGCUAUGACAAGAUGAAUAAACUGGAAAACAGAAAAGACAUCUACCAAGACAUGGUCAAUUAUCAUGUCAAGUGCCGCAAUGAUGAAAUUCAAGAUAUUCUGAAAACAAGAGAGGUUUUUGGAAAGGAGCCAUGGGAAUGUGAAGAAGAAGAGCUCUAUGAGAUCAUUGAACAGGAGCUGCCAGACCCUGAGGAAUCAGAAAUUUAUGAGUUCCACUUCUGUGACUUUGAUAAUUCUGAGCUGAACUUGGUGAAAUGUGGUAUCCUGAUGUAUUAUGAGCUGGGGGUGGUGGAUAAGUUUCACAUACCUCAGGAGGUACUCGUUCGCUUCAUGUACUCUGUUUGUAAAGGCUACAGGAAGAUCACAUACCACAACUGGAGACAUGGAUUUAAUGUUGGACAAACUAUGUUCUCCUUGCUUAUGACAGGAGAUUUAAAGCGUUACUACACUGACCUGGAGGCGAUGGCUAUGGUCACAGCUGCAUUUUGUCAUGAUAUUGACCACCGUGGGACAAACAACCUGUACCAAAUGAAGUCUGGAAAUCCACUGGCAAAGCUGCAUGGAUCAUCUAUUUUAGAGAGGCACCAUCUGGAAUUUGCCAAGACUUUGUUAAAGGAUGAGAGCUUAAAUAUUUACCAAAAUUUGAACCGUCGACAACACGAGCAUGUCAUGCACUUAAUGGACAUUGCUAUCAUUGCCACUGAUUUGGCACUCUAUUUCAAGAAAAGAACUAUGUUCCAGAAGAUUGUAGAUCAGUCUAAAACCUAUGAAGAUUGGAAUGCAUGGACAAAUUACAUGAUGUUAGAGACAACAAGAAAAGAGAUUGUCAUGGCAAUGAUGAUGACUGCCUGUGACCUAUCUGCCAUUGCUAAGCCAUGGGAGAUACAGAGUAAGGUAGCCCUUUCUGUUGCUGCUGAGUUCUGGGAGCAAGGCGAUCUAGAGCGUACCGUACUGGAGCAGAAUCCUAUUCCCAUGAUGGACAGAAACAAAGCAGAUGAGCUUCCAAAGCUGCAAUGUGGUUUUAUAGAUUUUGUCUGCACAUUCGUGUAUAAGGAGUUCUCUCGCUUCCAUGAAGAGAUAACACCAAUGCUGAAUGGAAUACUCAACAACAGGAAAGAAUGGAAGGCACUACAGGAUGAAUAUGAAGCUAAACUGCUUGCCUUGGAGGAAGAGAAAAAGAAAAAGGAACAGCUGAGCAGUGGGAAUGCCACUACCAAGCAAGCUCCCGCAGCAUCUACACAAUCAAAAACUUGUGUCCUCGUGUAGACAGGAUACUGGCAAGCCAAACCAUGGCACAGGCAGCUUCCUCUCCUGUCCAUCCACUGUCUUCUUAUGAGAGUCAGCAGAUCCAUUUCCAAGGAAGCUAACAAGAUCCGUUACCAUGAAAAUAUUAAAAGCCUAUUUCUGUAAUCUAA